AUGUCGGUGACGACGACGGAUAACCCCGUGACCACCACCAUCGCCUCGACUUUGCAAGACUACGAAAUCCACCUCACGGGCGAACAAGACCUACCACCGCGACAUGUCUGGGUGCCUCUGACGGAUCACAAUGCGCCGCCGGCCGACAACCCGGAGGGAUGGCAAGACUCGUUCCGCGGCGUGCCCAACUACCGUCCCAUCAACAGAGAACUCGACUGGGACUCGAGACCGUGGGGAUCAAAUGGGAUUGAGACUGGCUUUGUGUUUUUAAUGUUGCAUGGUUGUUGGUUGACCGGGAUAGUUACGAACUGGUUAUGGAGGACUACUGGAGGCCGCUUUAACAAGACGUUCUGGCGUUGGAAGGUUGGAGGCGAGUUUUAG